AUGGAUAAUCACAAAUAUAUAGACAAGUCAAAAUCAGGGGAUUGGAUUUGCACAGAUGAAAACUGUCGAAAUGUUAAUUUUUCCAAGAGGACACACUGUAAUCGAUGUAACCGAGUGAGACCCAAGAGUAUAGGAAAAAAUACCAAAAACAUUUUUUUCAAAUCAAAUGACUGGAAAUGUGACGACUGUGGUAAUAUUAACUGGGCCAAGAGAGAAAAAUGUAAUAUAUGUAGUAAAAGUAGAUAUACCAAAAUAUUAAAUGAACAUAAAAAUAAUAAAGAAAUAAGAACAGGAAAAGGUGGAGGACAUUAUGAUAUUCAGCACAAUAAUGAGAAGAGAGUUCACGAUUCAGAAGAUGAGGAAUAUGACGAAUUUGGACGAAAAAAAAAAAAAAAAAUCAAAACAGAGAAUUAUGAAAAAAAGGAAAAACGAUAUUCAGAAGAUAGUCGUAUAAAUAAUCAUAAAGAUAUAUCAUAUAAACAUAAUAAUAAUUAUAAAAAUAAAAAUUCACAUAAAUCCAGAUCCAGAUCCAGAAGUGUUUCUUCAGAUAUUAAAAGGAAGGAACAUAUUCCCGAUCGUGGGAUUGAAAUAAAAAAGUAUGAUAAGUCAAGUAAAUACGAUGGAAAAUAUGAUAAGUCAAGUAAAUACGAUGGAAAAUAUGAUAAGUCAAGUAAAUACGAUGGAAAAUAUGAUAAGUCAAGUAAAUAUUAUGAUAAAUAUGAUAAUUCAAAUAAAUAUUAUGAUAAAUAUGAUAAUUCAAAUAAAUAUUAUGUUAAACCUAAUAAGCAUGGAAAGGAUUAA